AUGCGCCAAUCUCUCUUCACAGACCCCUGGGGUGCACUCGAACGCGCCCUCUCCUCCUUCGGUACCGUAGCACCAUACAUCGCCGAGCUCGACGGGGACAAGGCCCCGAACAUCAGGGAACACUUGCGUCUUCUGCCAGCUUAUGUUGCUGCUGCUUCGCUCCUCGUCCUGCUCCUCACUGCGCUCGCACAUGUCCCGACCAUCAAAACUCGUCUGGAGAAAUGGUGGGCGUACUCAACGGUGUACGAGCCUAAGCUCGCGUCCGACGUUGGUCGACCGACGACCUUCCGUGCAUGGGUGGAAGAGCAUGUACACGCCCGAGGCGGGCCGGUGAUCUACACGUUCAUGCUGCUCAGGCUGGUCGGGUGUGCGGCGCUCAUGGGGUUGACGAUUGCAGCGGUCGUACUGGUGGGCCGACCCGAGGAUGGAGAUUCGAGGUUGAGGAUGUCCUAUGACGGGUGGGCAGAGAUUGGUCUUGGAGUUGCAUACACAUAUGCUACCAUCCUUUCUAUCCUCGCUAUCACUCUUGGACCUGUGAGCCGCAAGGCUUGCAGGACUCACACUACCCUCCUCCUUUUUGUUGUGUUUUGCGUUUUUGGCUGGCGCAAUCUCCUUCCCCUUACUACUUUCACCGGUGUACCUGCGGAUGGCGACAUAUCCUGGCUGCUCUGGACAAGGGGCUCCCUCCUCACGUUAGUCGGCGUGCUCCUUCCACUGCUCACACCCCGCUUGUACCACCCUGUCGACCCGCUCAACCCAGCCCUCAACGUCAACCAAGAGCAGACAGCCCCACCCUUGCUCUUCGCUUUCUGGGUUUUCCUCGACCCUGUAAUCUUCAAAGCCUACAGCCAGCCCAAGCUGCCUUACGAACAGCUACCCCCGCUGGCGGACUACGACUGGGCGACGCACCUCGCUGCGCGGUCCUUUGACCGGCUCGAGCCCCUAAGACGUCGCGCACGAGGACUCAAGGACAGGUACUUGUUCUGGGGCAUGAUGGAAGUCUGGCGAUGGGACUAUGUCCGUAUGGCGACACUCAUGAGCAUAAGAGUGUUCGCGGGCUUCUUGGGACCAAUUGGGGUCAAUAGGCUUUUGACAUAUUUGGAGGAUCCGGAGUAUGUGACGGACGUGAGGCCUUGGGUAUGGGUUUCACUGCUUGCGAUUGAUCCGAUCAUCGGUUCGUUGUGCCUCCAUAUGUAUAUCUUCAUAACUACCCGCAUGGUCGUCCAAUGCGAAAGCAUCCUCACCCAGCUCAUCUUCCAGCACUCACUCAAGAUCCGAUUGAAAGAUGACGCACCUCCCUCCUCUCCCUCCGCCGCUGCUUCAGGGACGCGCACUCCUGACCCACAAAUCAUCGAACAGGUCGAGAGUGUGGACGGAGACGGCACGAGGGUAGGGACGGAAAACUUCACUACUGCGGAGAGCGAGACAGCUGUGGGGACGGAACAGACGGAAAGCACCGCUGGUGGGUCACCACCACCCAAGGAUAAGCGAAAGAAGAAAGGCACGCAAGCGCAGGCCGAGCAAACGAAAGACGAAGAUAAGGAGAAGAGCUCGCAUUUAGUGGGCAAGAUCAACAACCUGAUUGGGACUGAUCUGGGAAACCUUGUCGAGGGUCGUGACUUCCUCUUCGUUAUUCUUCAAGCUCCUCUACAACUGCUCAUCGCGAUCUGGUUCCUGUAUGCCAUCCUUGGCUGGGCAGCCGUCAUAGGGAUGGCGGUCAUGAUCGCCUGCAUCCCGCUACCUAGCAAAGUGGCCCAAUGGGUGCAGGUAAUUCAGACAGAACGCAUGAAGAAGACGGACUCGAGGGUGCAGGCUAUUACUGAGACCAUGAACGUUCUUAGGAUGGUGAAGAUGUUUGGCUGGGAGAGCCGGGUGAAGGAACAGAUCGCGGAGAAGCGGGACGAAGAGCUCAAGUAUGUGAAGCAGAGGCAGAUCAUGCAUCUGGCGAACUUGAAUCUCAAUUUUGGUAUCCCUCUCGUCACCAUGAUCAUCACCUUCGCUUUCUACUCUUUGGUAAUGAGGCAACCCCUCACGGCAUCCAGAGUCUUCUCCAGCAUGGUGGUUUUCGACUCGAUGCGGACGCAAUUGCACAUCUGUUUCUGGGAGAUCCCAGUGAUCAUUGCUGCUCGUGUCUCGCUGGAUCGCGUAAACGAAUUCAUGCAUAAGGCGAGUUCUCAAACUGAGUUGCUGGAUCGCUACACACCUUCGAACGUUGCAGCGCUUGCUAUCACCGCUGGGCCGUCAGACGCCGAAGUCGUAGGCUUCCACAACGCCACUUUCACCUGGAACGACGUGAAACAAGGCACGCCUACUCCAGGACGACGCAAUUUUCGUUUGCACUUAGAAGAUUUGAUCUUCAAGCCCAAUACAGUCAAUUUGAUUGUGGGACCGACAGGGUCAGGGAAGACAUCUAUUCUGAUGGCUUUGUUGGGAGAGAUGCACUUCCAGCCGUCUGGACCUGACUCAUGGUUCAACUUGCCCCGGGAUAAGAGGGUAGCGUAUGCUGCACAAGAAUCUUGGCUACAGAAUGAGACUAUCAGGGAAAAUAUUGUCUUUGGUGAGCCCUUUGACGAAGACCGGUAUAACAAGGUCAUUCAGCAAUGUGCUCUGGAACGCGACCUCACGCUCUUCGACGCUGGAGACCAAACCGAGGUUGGCGAAAAGGGUCUCACUCUCUCUGGUGGCCAAAAGGCCCGCGUCACGCUGGCCCGUGCCAUCUACUCGCACGCUCAGCUCCUGCUGCUGGAUGACGUCUUGUCUGCUUUGGAUGUCCAUACUUCGAAAUGGAUCAUUGACAAAUGCUUCAAGGGUGAUCUGGUGAAGGGUCGUACUAUUCUGCUGGUCACCCACAACGUGGCGAUAGCGGCCCCUAUUGCAGGAAAUAUCAUUUCACUCGAUAGCAACGGCAAUGUUAUCAGUCAAGGAAGCAUAGCGCAGGCGCUCUCCCACGACGCCCAUCUACGCGAAGAAAUGAAAGAAGGCAACCAAGCUUUAGAGAAAGCUGCAGAAGAAGAAGCGAUAGAAGGGCCGCCAAAGGAGACUAAGAAAGCAGAUGGCAAGCUUGUGCUGGCGGAAGAGAUGGCUGAGGGCCAUUUGAGUUGGAAAGCCUUGGGAAUGUUUCUGUCCGCAUUCGGCUCGAGAGGCUUUUGGGUAUUGGUUCUUCUCGGCUUCUUUAUUGUCGAAGUCGCUCAAACGAUUUCCACUUGGUGGCUUGGUGUCUGGGCGGCUGCUUAUGAACAUAAUGAAAAUACUGUGGAUGUGCCGUACUACAUCGGCGUGUAUAGCGCAAUUGUAGUGGCUUUCAUGAUCAUCUACGGUUUCACCUACCUUGGAUUCACCUUCGGCGCUAUCCGUGCAGCAAGAAUGAUACACCAUCAGCUUCGUGAUACUGUGCUUGGCUCCACUCUGCGUUGGCUGGAUAGCACACCCGUAGGACGCAUUAUCUCACGUUUCACCCAAGAUAUGCGCCAAAUUGAUGGUCCUCUGCCUGGAAUGUUCGGGGAUCUUAUCGAGCUCACGUGGGCACUAGUUGCGAAGUUUGGUGCUGUAAUUUAUUUCUCGCCUAUCUUUGCAAUCCCCGGAAUCGCUGUUGCUGCACUGGGAGGUUGGCUUGGGCAGGUCUAUAUUGCUGCCCAGCUUUCGGUCAAGCGUGAAAUGUCAAAUCGACGAUCUCCCUUGUAUAACCAUUUUGCGGCUGCUGUUGCCGGUUUGAUCUCUAUUCGCGCGUAUGGCGCGGAAGACUCCUUCCAAGCGGAGAUCGUUAGAAGAAUCGAUAUAUAUUCUAGGCCAGCUCGCACAUUCUAUAAUCUCAACCGUUGGAUUUCCGUGCGUAUCGACGUGUUGGGUGGGCUGUUCGCCGCCGGGUUGGCUUCAUACUUGGUGUACAAGCAGGCGUAUGUUGGCGCAAGUAACAUAGGCUUCAGCUUAAAUAUGGCGGUGGGGCUAGCCGGAAUGAUUCUGUGGUGGGUCCGAGUAUUGAACGAAUUUGAGAUCGCAGGCAACAGUCUUGAACGAAUUCUCGACUACGUGGUCAUUGAGCAGGAACCUGUCCCUACUGAGAAGGGCAAACCGCCCGCGUACUGGCCCGCGUCAGGCUCCAUCAGGGCGGAAAAUCUGUGUGCACGGUAUUCCAAAGAUGGCCCAAUCGUUCUAGAUAAUCUCAAUUUUGAGAUCAAGUCAGGGGAAAGGGUGGGCAUUGUCGGCCGGACGGGCAGUGGCAAGAGCUCUCUCACUCUAUCACUUUUGCGCAUGAUCCCAACGACGGGAGUCAUAUACUACGAUGGCAUGCCCACAAAUGAUAUCAACCUGGAUGCUUUACGCUCAAACUUGACUAUCAUUCCCCAAGAUCCAACCUUGAUGUCAGGCACUCUUCGUUCAAACUUGGAUCCCUUCUCUCAGCACGACGAUCAUAUCCUCAAUGACGCUUUGCGCGCUGCUGGUUUAUUCCGUUUACAAACGGAAGGGUCCGAAGAUGCAAUUACGCUCGAUUCUGCCGUCACCAGUGGUGGCAGUAAUUUCUCGGUCGGCCAAAGACAAAUUAUUGCAUUAGCAAGAGCGAUCGUUCGUGGCGCAAAAGUUUUGAUUCUCGAUGAAGCCACUGCGUCUGUAGAUGCGGAAACCGACAAUGCGAUUCAAACAUCAAUCCGCUCCGAACUGGAACAUGCCACUCUCAUCACCAUUGCCCAUCGUUUGCAGACAAUCGCGGAUUACGACAAGAUUAUGGUCCUUGAUGCAGGAAAACUUGUUGAAUUUGACAGCCCUUUGAGGCUGUUAGAAAAGGAUGGUGGAUUUUUCCGUGGUUUGGUAGAGGAGAGUGGGGACAAGGAGAAGCUGUGGCAGAUGGCUCGGACAGCUGCACUAAAAGCCUGA